UUUUUACUAUCCAUCUAUUCAUUCCUCUCCCCCUCCCAUCCAUAUAUUUUUCCAUCCUUCCAGCCAAGCUGGUCAUUAAAUCACUUGAAUCCAAAAACAGAGUGUUCUGAUGUCCUAAACCGGUGCAAGUAAUCCGUAACCGGUUUUCCAAACAGAUCCGGAUUUUGUUGAGUUCCUAUUCCUAACAGGGUCAACAAAACACACUGUUUGUGUCGAUUCGAAAGGUGCCAAAGCAUUCAACUGUUUCUCUGUUUCGGCAAUUACAAAGCUCCCAACUGUCACGAACAACCAAACAGACCCACUUCGAUUUCAUCGAAACCUACAUUCAUUUCGUGUUAUGCAUAUAUAUAUAUAUGCAUAACCCUCUUCCAAUCCUUAGUUUUUUUUUUCCACAAAGCUCGUCGAUAAUCGCGAGGAGAGCCGAUUCUCACUUCGGCUAUCCGGCAUCACUGAGGUGAAUCUUUUAAGCACUUGUACUCGCAAUUUGCGCGGCCAAAUCUGCGGGCCUUAGAAGACUGGAGUCCUGAUCCAAAUCAGAUUUUUGCUUACUAAUUUGGAGUAUUAACAUACCGGAAAUGGCGGCCACUGCUACUCCUGGCAUGCACAUGGAAACAAUUAAACCAUGCAUUUCUUUGAGUGGCAGAGUUUCUAAGUUGCGCAAUGAAAUUUUCAGUAGCAAAGUUAAAGUGUCAUCUCGGACGAGGCUCUCAAGUUCUGCUCACAUCUCAUUAAAAGAAGCGUUGGUCCAAAAUUGCACACACACUUCCACAAAGCGUGAAAGAUUUGUUAUGAAAGCAAUGUCUGAAGCAAGCGAGGACAAACCACUCCCCGGAUUACCAAUUGAUCUAAGAGGUAAGAGGGCAUUUAUUGCUGGUGUUGCUGAUGAUAAUGGAUAUGGAUGGGCAAUAGCAAAAUCUCUUGCUGCUGCUGGUGCUGAGAUUCUCGUUGGCACAUGGGUUCCUGCACUAAACAUUUUUGAGACCAGCCUACGACGUGGGAAAUUUGACGAAUCACGCGUGUUGCCUGAUGGUUCUUUGAUGGAGAUUACAAAAGUUUAUCCACUAGAUGCAGUUUAUGACUGUCCUGAGGAUGUUCCUGAAGAUGUAAAGUCAAACAAACGCUAUUCAGGGUCCUCAAAUUGGACUGUUAAGGAAGUUGUUGAAUCUGUGAAACGGGACUUUGGCAGCAUUGACAUUCUUGUGCACUCACUCGCCAAUGGACCAGAGGUUAGCAAACCUCUGUUGGAGACAUCAAGGUAUGGAUAUCUCACAGCCAUCUCUGCAUCGAGUUAUUCCUUUGUUUCUUUACUCAAGCAUUUCGUUCCAAUAAUUAAUCCGGGUGGUGCUUCAAUUUCUCUGACGUACAUUGCUUCUGAAAGGAUCAUCCCAGGAUAUGGCGGAGGCAUGAGUUCUGCAAAGGCUGCUCUUGAGAGCGACACAAAAGUGCUGGCUUUUGAAGCUGGAAGGAAACACAAAAUCAGAGUCAACACAAUAUCUGCAGGUCCACUAAGAAGCCGUGCUGCAAAAGCCAUUGGUUUUAUUGAGAUGAUGAUCGAUUAUUCAUCGGAGAAUGCACCCUUGCAGAAAGAACUAUCUGCAGAGGAAGUGGGGAACGCUGCUGCCUUCCUGGCGUCUCCUUUGGCUUCGGCAAUCACUGGUGCUGUUGUGUAUGUUGACAAUGGUCUGAAUGCAAUGGGAGUGGGUGUCGACAGCCCAGCAUUUGCAGAUCUUGACAUUCCAAGAGACAGCUAGAGUUGUGAUGAUAACAAAUUCUGUAUCUCGAGUGAUGUCUAUUGAAAAUUUUGAUUAGCAAAAACAAUUAUUGCCUUUACCUUUGUCUUAUCAUUGAGAAUAGCUGAAUUGAUACGAGGAUAAUUUGCAUCUUUUUGUACGAAUAAUGUUUAUUAUUGAUAUAACAUCAUCAGAGUUUGUUAUAAAUGCAAUUUAGUAUUCAAGGACAGCAGGAAAAUAUU